CCCACAGGGGACAGGAAGGAGAGGAGCGCUUUGCACAUGCACAGAGAUUGUCUCGGAUGCCCGGCCUUCGCCCACCCGAGAGGCACGGCGUUCCUUCCCUCGCUCCUCGGCCCCAAUUGCCCUCUCGGUUAAACUCGGGGCGUGCAGGAGGGAUCAGGGGCGGCUGGUCCAAGAGGCGGCGACGGCAGCUCCGUUGCCAUUGGUGGGCCGCGCCGGUCUUAAAGUCCACGCCGCUCGCUUGGGCUGCUGAAGCGACGAAAAGAUGGUUCGCUCCGCGCGGCUCCCCCUCGCCCGUUUGGGCCGCUUUUUGGCCGGGAAGAGGGCCGGCACGGUACGGGCCCUCCCGGGGAGAGAGGUGCAUCAGUAUCAAGAAUUGAAAAACUCUUCCUGCCUCCAACCAAAAAUGCCUCCAUGUGCCUUUGUGCCUGAGAAGUAUGAUUCCUAUUCUUAUGAACAAAUGCUGAAGAUUCGUCAAGAGAACGUAUUCCCAUCCCUGUACACUUAUUAUAAGAGACCACUCCUGAUCCAUCAAGGACACAUGCAGUGGCUGUUUGACUUUGAAGGACGAAGAUACCUGGAUCUCUUUGGUGGAAUCGUUACUGUCAGUGUUGGUCAUUGCCAUCCGAAGGUAACAGCAGCAGCUCAGAAACAGCUCGGCCGCCUGGGACACACGAGCAACAUCUACUUGCAUCCAGGAAUCCAAGAAUAUACCAAGAAACUGACUUCGCUGCUUCCUGGCUCCUUAAAGGUAGCUUAUCUGACUAAUAGUGGUACUGAAGCCAACGACCUGGCAGUGUUAAUAGCAAGAGUUUUCACCCGCAACAAUGACGUCAUUUGUUUGAGAGGCGGUUACCAUGGAGGUAGUGCCUAUACUAUGGGCAUCACAGCCAUUGGAAAGUACAAACAUGGUGUUGGCAACGGAGCCAACUGCCACUCGACAAUGUUGCCUGAUGUUUUCCGAGGUCCCUGGGGAGGAAGCCACUGUCGUGAUUCUCCAGUGCAAACAAUUCGCAAGUGCUUCUGUUCCCCAGGAACCUGCCACGCUAAAGACCAGUACGUUGCACAAUUCAAGGACACACUCCAAACUUGUGUUCCGAAGAAAGUCGCUGCAUUUAUUGCUGAGCCAAUUCAAGGCGUAAAUGGAGCUGUUCAGUUUCCCAAAGGAUUCCUAAAGGAGGUGUAUCAGUUGGUGCGUGAAAGGGGAGGUCUCUGCAUUGCAGACGAGGUUCAGACCGGAUUUGGACGAACGGGCAGUCAUUUCUGGGGCUUUCAAGGACACGAUGUUGUUCCAGACAUAGUUACCAUGGCCAAAGGAAUUGGUAACGGCUUUCCCAUGGCAGCAGUUGUGACUACAGCGGAAAUUGCACAGGGUUUGACGGAGAACCUCCACUUCAACACAUUUGGAGGCAAUCCCGUGGCUUGUGCAGUUGGAUCUGCAGUUCUGGAUGCAAUAGAGGAAGAUGGCCUGCAGAAAAAUUGCCAAGAGAUCGGAACUCACUUGCUCUUAGAGUUUGCAAAGCUGCGGGAUAAGUUUGAAAGUGUUGGAGAUGUUCGUGGCAAAGGACUUAUAAUUGGGAUAGAGAUGGUCAAGAAUAAGGAAACUCGCCAGCCACUUCCAGCUGAAGAGAUGGACCAGAUUUGGGAAGACUGCAAAGACAUGGGGUUGCUGAUUGGCAAAGGAGGGAUGCAUUUACAGACAUUUAGAAUUAAACCUCCGAUGUGCAUUACUAAGGAAGAUGCAGAUUUUGCAGUGGCCGUCUUCCAGGAAGCCUUAAUAAGACAUACAGAAAGAACAGCUGAAAAAUAAGAGAACUCUCUCUCUUUCUCACACACACACACAAGAUGCUUUGGACUCACUGUGAAUAAAUCCAUGAACCAGAAUUCAUUGCCUGAAGUAUUGAUUCCUAAUAGUCCUUUUUUUGAGAUUAAUUUGGAUAAGGUUACACGCAGAAAGCAGCAGGCUUCUCAGCCCGCAACUCCAUUUGACUGCUUUAUAACUUGUGGGCAUUGGGUGCGUAGCUUAUUUACAAAAGCCCAGCUGAUGUUUUGGCUGAGCACAUGGGGAGCCAUCUUUUCUUCUGCUUUGCACAAAGGAAUUUUAAGAAUGAGUGCUGGGGAUACUUCUGAGCGGAAAAUCGAUGGAAAUGGGUUUGAAACGCAGCUGAGCAGCAGAAUAUUAACCGCUUCAAUCUUGAUUGCAGAAAAUAUGACUUCUGUAACAGAGUUAUUAAUACUUGGAACACACUACCUGACUCUGUGGUCUCUCCUCAAAAUCCCCAAAGCUUUAACCAAAAACUGUCUACUAUUGACCUCACCCCAUUCCUAAGAGGUCUGUAAGGGGCGUGCAUAAGAGCACAAACAUGCCUACCGUUCCUGCCCUAUUGUUUCAUUAUAUCCAAUUAAUAUAGUUAUUACAUACUUAUGCUUAUAUAUAUGCUUAUAUAUUAUAUAGUUAUUUUCAUGCUUAUGCUUAUAUAUACUGUUGUGACAAAAUAAAUAAAUAAAAUAAAUAAAAAUAUAAAUUCUUUCCCACUCUCUGCCGUAAGGGCACAAGCUUAAUUCUGUUGCCGUUUCGCUUUGAAUUACAGGUGGGAAAACACAUACUCAAAUCCUUUCAUGUUUUGACAAAAUGCAAUUUUAUAAAGCAAAAACUGGAAC